CUCCCUCUUGACAUCUCAUCUCCCCGAUGCAGCUGCUUCCGCGCCGUUGAUGUUGCAGCUCCGGCGCGUGGUUUUGGUGGACGUGGCAGCUCGACGUGGAGUGCGGACAGCUCGGACCUGGGUGGCGCGACCCCCGGGCGCAUCGAAAGCAGCGGCACCCGCGGACACCGCCGCCGACGACGCGCCCGUGCGGGCGCUGCGGAGGAGUGCUGGAGGAGGUCUCCCGCGGAAGGCUUAUGAGAUCCAUCGCCAGGAGAGACCUCGCUGGCGUUGGACGGAGAUCCGUGGAGAGAAGAUCUACUACAGGCACUGGAAGUAUGAAAACCGAGUGCCCACGGAAGCUUGGCUGGAAGGCGGCCUUCCCAAAGUGCCCAAGAAACUGGGGCUUACAGCCCAAGAGGCGGAACGUGCUCGCCACACGGCAAGAACGAAGGGCCUCACAGCGGAGCAGCUGAGGUCGAUUGUCCUGAAAGCAGAGACAAGCGAAGAAGUGGAAGAAAAGGAGCGAAGAAAAGGUCGACGUCAUGCCGCCCCAUUGGCCCCCCUGGCACCACCCCAAUGUAUGUAAAUAUGCCGUACAUGGAGUGUUUGGGAUUGAUUUGUGUUGAUUCCCUUCACAUCCCCACCUAGGACCUACUGUGCUGUUGAUUCCUUCGGAGUAAUCCUUGAGGUUCGAUUGAUGGCACCGUCGCGACCGGUCGAUCGUGACCGGUCAGCAAGGCGGUCGUCGCAAUGCGAGCGGGUGUCGGUCUGGCCAUGUCGAGCGAGCUUGAGCUCCACACCCAUCCUCCGACUGCGUCCUCGACUGGGUAUAGGGCCCGUCAUCACCAAAAGGGAUGACCUGAUGAAAAAGCACAGUCUAGCCAGGCACUGGUGAUCUCACCAGUUCACUCCGCCAG